AUGGCGGCCAUUGUGUCUCCUUCAUCUUCGCCUGCGACAUCACCGCCUGUCGUCUCAUCCUCGCCUCUGCUUAAUCCGACCCAGGCCCCCGUCCCCCAACCACUUACCUCUCCAACCACUCGCCGGACAAAUCUCCAAAGGCCAAUGUCACACGCAUCCAAGAACAGGCUUUCGCAGUACUCCGUCGGCUCGGUUCCUCCACGGUCACGACCUACCUCCCACGUGUUCCCCCUAUAUCCCUCUAGCCUGCCAUACGCAUCGGUCCGCGAUUUCGCCUACCCUCCUGUCCAUCCCUUGCACUAUGGGCCUCCUCCGGAGCCCUCGAGGCCGGCAUCUAUCGUGUCACCAUCUUUCGACACGCAAUCACAGCGUCGUCUCUCCGACCCGCCCUUCUCUUGGGAGACAAAAACAAGCUGGGACACGGAUUCGUGGGAGAAUGGGUCGUACAACCGUGCAAUUGAUCUACCGCCAAUCUACCUUGCCGAUGGCCCGCCUUGGAGCGAAGACGAAGAUCUUCAGAGUCCCGUCGUCAGCUCGAGGCAUCGGAAACACAAGUCUGCAUCAUCUGCGUACGCACCCAGCCGUCGCAGAAGUGCCCGGGUCAUGGAAAGCAUCGAUGCGGAGGAAAGCUUCAGUGGCAGUGUCGGUGUUGCUGCUGAUAUUGCCGCCGCCGCCGGCACUGGCGGUGGUGAUAAUGGCAAUGGCGCUGGCGAUGCCACCAACCUUCUGAAUCCUAACAAUCUCGACCACGAAAGAGGAUACUUUGCUGGCACAAGCGGCGACGGCAGCGAGCGGUACUAUGUAAACCAGGGUGGAGAGGCGAACGGACCUGGCGGUGAAUAUGUCACAUACCCAGCAGGCCAAACGCGGCAGUCUGCCCAUCAAUACCAGCUGGCUAGCCAGCAGCCUCGAAACUACGGAGGCUACCAUCCGGAGUCCGACGCGUCGAGCCCGGUGUCGUCGCCGGAUUUUCGCGAAGAUGACCAGUCUCGCUACUCACGCGACUACCAAUUCACUAUUACCUCACCCGACGAGGAGAUGCACGGAAAAGCUGUUGCCUUGUUUGACUUUUCGCGCGAGAACGAGAAUGAGCUGCCUCUCGUCGAAGGCCAGAUCAUCUGGGUGUCGUACCGCCAUGGCCAGGGCUGGCUCGUGGCCAUGGACCCGAAGACACAAGAGAGCGGGUUGGUCCCAGAGGAGUACGUCCGUCUUCUUCGCGACAUCGAGGGCGGUAUGACGAGUCUUACAGGCCAGGUGAUGGCCAAUGAGAACCUUGGCAGUCCUAACGACGCGGACACACCGACACAGCUUGAACAUAGUCAGGGCUUUGGUGGACAUACGCCCACUCCGAGCAAUGCGUCUAAUAGCUACCCCCAACCCGUCGUGUCAACCUUCUCCACCUCCAGCAAGGACCUCGAUCCUUAUCCACAGCACCUACUCGGUACGCAAGCUGGACAGGUACCGCCACAGGUAGUCCAUUACCACGGUCAACGUGGUGGUUCCCAAGCCAACACGCCCACCCUUCUCAGCCACCAAGACAUUGGGACGAUGCGCCGGGGAAGUCAAGACUUGCUGCCCGCUAAGAAGGGCGAAGCCGUGAAGCAUUCGUCUCUCGGCUCUUUGCUCGGCGAUGCUGCGGACGCAGCGGAAGAGAUGUCCCCGAACGAUAGACACGGAGACGCAGCUCGUAAUGGGAUUUGA